GAUGGUCUCUUCCACUCACUAGCUAUCGGCUUCUAUUUGGCUCAGACUUGCGUAUGAAACGAUAGCUGACAAAAUAUUUCUCACUUCGUCGCUUUCUGUCUGGCCAUUCUUACUGCAACGCGAACGCUGUUCUACAGGCCAGCCAAAUUUUCCCCGCAAGGAUUUCCGCCGCAGCCUUGCCUCACCAGCCUUUCUUUUGCCUCUACUUUCCAGGCUUCUGCACCUGGAAUUCGCCUCGAUUUGUUAACCUUUCCACAGCCAUUAUCUCACCCUCAAUACUAAGAUACCAUCUUCAGAUAUCGUCCGUAACUGUCGACUAUUCCAGACCUCGAAAUGCCUCCCAUCCGCUCCCGCAAUUCCCGCAAGCCCCCACCUGCAGGCUUCGAAGACAUCGAAGACACCCUCCUAGAGUAUGCCAACAAGAUGCGCGACGCCCAGAACGCCUCUCACGAAGGCAAAAAGAAGCACGAAACGACCUGGCCGAUAUUCCAAAUCAGUCACGCCCGCAGCCGCUACGUGUACGAUCUGUACUACGAGCGCGAGGCCAUCUCCAAGCAACUGUACGACUGGCUGCUCAAGAACGGGUACGCCGACGCCAACUUGAUCGCCAAGUGGAAGAAGCAAGGGUACGAGAAGUUGUGCUGUCUGCGCUGUGUCCAGACCAAAGAGACGAACUUCCAAGGGACGUGUAUCUGUCGCGUGCCGAAAGCCUCGCUACGUCGUGAAGAUGGCGAAGGAGAUGGAGCAGGGGCGGGCAUUCAGUGUGUGAAUUGCGGAUGCAGGGGUUGCGCGAGUAGCGAUUGAGCAAACGACGGACAAAAAUUUCUACAAAGAAAGCGUAUGCACGAGGCGGCGAAACAACCUUUCGAGCUGUGAUGAAAUCACGGUCUGGAAGGACGACAUAGCAUAGCGUGGGCAUUACUUCUCGAGCGGCUACGAUAUCCCCAGGGAUCCAAAGCAUCGGCGCAUCAGAGAAAGCAAUACCGAACCGGCAGCUAUGCGAAAACGUGCAUCAUCAGUGUGAACAUCGACCGAGACUCGAGAGUGUCCCGCGGAGGGCAGUUUCAAGAGCACGUAUUACAGGAGCAUGGUUUCUGCAAGCAACAUAUGACUUAACGCCUCAACUGGGCUUCCUGAACAAGUCAUCUUCCACUGGUAACUUGGACAGACAAAGGAGUGAGUUUUGGGAGGUGCCAGAAUCCAUCACAUCGGGCCAAACAAGUACAAGGACGCCUGGUAGUAGAUCGACUUCUCGUCCAGUGCCCUCAGAAGCCGCAUGCUCUUGAUCUGGGCCUUUCCAUUCCGAACGACCCUUCACUAUGUGCUCAAUACGUCUUAAGCAGCUCGAAGACUUGUCAGGCUUGCACGGCCGCGGCGACAGGGCGAGAAACCCACAGGCUCAAUAUGGUCAAAUCCGGAUACCAGCAUUGUAAGCAUUAUUCUUGAGCACUAAAGUCAUGGUGCAGCGAAUAUGUCCACCUUCUUUCGAGGGUCAGAGACAUGGGAUGAUUCGGAGUGGUCUGGCCUAUUCCCUGGGAAUGCGGUUAUUAGAAGUAGACCUGAGCAUUUUCAAGCGAGUGACAUUAUCAAACUAGUAGCAUUAAAGAGAGUUCAUUAAAUUGACCGGCCAGCC